AUGAGAUUGAAAAAAAUCAAAAAAAUAAGGGUAGGCUUUUUAAUUUUGAUUUUGAUAAUGAUCAUUUUGGAGUCUUUGAUGGAUACGAUGUGCGUAAUUAGGAAGGAGGCUCAUUUAACAUUAUAUAUUUUCGAUAUUGUUCUAUAUGCGCUCAUUAUUUAUGUUGAAGCACUGCAAAUAGAUUACUUGGUUUAGGUAAUAAAGAAGUAGAAGCAUCCACAUAUAAGAGGAAACCUAAAAUUAUAUGAAACUUUUGUGUCUUUAUCGAUGCUAUUUCUAUUAAAUCACAUUUGUUUCCAAAGUUAUUUUAUGUAUAUUAAUCGUGGAACAUAAGAAUGUUAUUAUUUAUCCUAGGAAGGAGAGAGAAAAUGGAUUAUAUUUUUGUUUACUUUAUUCAUUGAAUUAUUAGUCUUCAUAGAUUUGCUAAUAGUUUGUAUUUAAGUUUGUAGAAUAAUUAAAAAGGAUACAAUUAGAAGCUCCAGUUUUUUAGUACUCCAUAAGUACUUUGAGGAUUAUUUGGCAUAGGAGCGAGGAUCAAAAUAACCUGCCAACUCUUCGUUUGAAUCCUUGGGAAACUUCUGA